UCAGAGCGCAGGAUUAGCGAGCGACUUGGCCGUGGCCGAGACAAGCCGACGGUAAUCCGAAGAUGGGCCGAGGCGGAAAAACGAGACCAAGGUUGAAAGAUUAACGACCGCAGCAUCGUCUAAUUACGACUUCCUGUAUUCCCAGGUGUUUGAAGAGGGAGAUAUUGUGGAAAUAAGGAGCACACAAACCUAUCAAGUUUACAAAGGGAAGUAAUCACAGGGUGAUCACACAUACAAGAGGACCCAAGACCAAAGGCUUUAGAUGAAAUUAAUGCUGAUAUAUCCUGCAAAUGAAAAAUUUAAUAAUCUGGAUUUUAAAAACUUUGACUACAGUCCUUUAACUUGUGCUUAGUAGAAGAACAAUCAUCAGUUUUUUCCUCUUCUGGAAUACGGACGUGUGUGGACAUCACGCAAAGAGUCGAGACGCUGUUUCAACAACAGGGAUAUUCAUAUUCACUGGGCCAUGGGGCAAGUGUCCAACAGGACUUCAUCAUAACCUGUAUUUGCAUCCAUCAUUAUGGAUCAGGAUGAGACGAGCGCAGAGAUUUGGGAGCCGCCUCUGCAUGGACUCCAUGGGCCAAACCGCAUGCGGCCUUCAUCUUACCGGGCUCUGCGGAGCGCUGUGUCCAGUUUGGCACGAAUCGAUGAUUUCUUCUGCGAGAAGAUCGGCUCUGGCUUCUUCUCUGAAGUUUUCAAGGUCCAGCACCGGAUCACAGGGCAGGUAAUGGCUCUGAAGAUGAAUACUCUGGCCAGCAAUAAAGCCAACAUGCUGAGAGAAGUGCAGCUAAUGAAUCGCCUCUGCCAUCCCAACAUCCUCAGGUUUUUGGGUGUGUGCGUCCAUGAAGGGCAGCUUCACGCUCUCACUGAGUACAUCAAUGGGGGUAAUCUGGAGCAGCUACUGGACAGUGAUAUAUAUUUAUCCUGGACUGUGAGAAUAGGAUUGUCCUUGGAUAUUGCACGAGGACUACAGUACCUUCACAGCAAGGGGAUUUUCCACCGCGACCUCACUUCCAAGAACUGUUUAGUGCGCUGUGAGAAUGGCGUUUUCACGGCUGUGGUUGGAGACUUUGGUCUGGCAGAGAAAAUCCCCGAUUACAGUGACGGAGUAGAGAAGCAGCCUCUAGCCGUGGUCGGCUCCCCUUACUGGAUGGCUCCGGAAGUGCUGAGAGGAGAGCUUUACGAUGAGAAGGUGGAUGUUUUUGCGUAUGGCAUCAUUCUGUGUGAGAUCAUUGCUCGGAUCGAGGCCGACCCAGACGUCCUACCUCGAACCGAGGAUUUUGGACUGGAUGUGGAAACUUUUGAGCAAAUGGUUGGAGACUGCCCACCUGCUUUCCUUAGCCUGGCUGUUAACUGCUGCAACAUGUGUGCAGAGAAUCGUCCUUCCUUCGCUGACAUUGUUGUGACCUUGGAGAGGUUAGAGAGGGAGAGGGAGAAGACCGAGGCACCCGUUAUUCUAGAACCUGUUGCUGCCGAUGAGAGCCCGUACAGGAGGCGGAGUUCACCCUGCCAACUGGGCACCCAGCGCCUGGCACGGAGUCAGUCAGCCUUGUUGCCACCUGCCACGAGUCCGUGUGUGGGUACACCGGUGCGUCUCAACCCCUUCUCCUUACGCCAUGACCUCAACGGCGGCCGAAUCAAACUCUUUGACACACCCAGUAAGUCACUUAUCUCCCUGACCUUCACUUUGCCCCCGCCCCCUGAGCCUUCCUCAUCCCCACCACUGUGUGGAACUUCAAAGCUUCGAGGCCCACCUCGCCGGUGCCAGUCCUUACCCUGCACUCCUGAUCUGGGUCGACCUUUGACCUCAUUCCUUGAAACUGAAAGUGUUGCAGAGAGGGAUGGAGAAAAAGAAGAGACAGGAAAGGAGAUGACUGGUUUAGAUGAUCCUGGGCAGGACUCUGGUUUGGUGCUGGAUCUGGAGAUGGUGUCUUUGGAGAGGGUGGACGAAGAGGAGGAAGAAGAAGAGGAUGAAAAAGAAGGAGAGAUGGAGGGACUCUGCCGGGUUGAACCCAUGGACUGCAAAGGCUCCCCUGAUGCAGCCGAGGGUGCUCUGAGAUCAACAGCAAAACCUCUUCUGCACGGUUCUUAUUCAUCAUCCUCUUCCUUCAGCACUCAGUCUAAUGGCUGGACAGUCCCCAUUUCAAAUGGACCUCCAUCCCUUCCACCUCUGCCCCGCUUGAACAAUAACAACAGCAUGCUGGGAGUUGGCCGAGUGCCUUGGGUGCGGCUCAGUGGCUAUCGCGGUCAUCGUGCUCCUAGUCGCCUGGCACCUCCUCCCGAACAGGAUGACAUCAUUUCCUGUCCAGGGUGUUGUUUGGUGGGCUUUAGCUUUCCAUCAUUGUGCCUGCGUGGAGCGCCACCUCCUCGCCGAACCACACCCCUUCGCCCGUACAGGAAUCUUAAUGGGGGAGAAGCAGCAGCUGGCAGCUCAAGCAAUGGACUGAUGUGUCGAGGGGCAAAGGGUCUGGCUCCACCCACAAUGACACGAGAACCGGGUUUGCCACUUCCAGAGGCACAGACGUAGUUAGAGCGGCACCCUCUAGAGCACUAACACCACACAGUGAACAUGUGCUAGCCUUGCUGCUGUGGCUGUGCCAAUAACCACUAUGGUUAAACUAUAACUGCUAAUGUGUAGUGAGGAUGUAAGAGGUGAUCUUAGGUGCUGUGUGUGUGUGUGUGUGUGUGUGUGAGAGAGAGAGAGAGAGUAAAGGUAAAGUGUUAUAGAAAAACAAAACACAUAUACAGUAUGGAAGGUCUAGCUGUGGUACAUUAGGAUACAAACAAAAAAUUUUUGUGAUGAAAUUGGAGAAGGUGCUAUUUUAGCCACAUUAGACCUUUAUCUUCAUAAGCCACUGUGGUAAAAAUUGCCCUACAGCAGAUUUUGUUUGUGUGUGUGUGUGUGUAUGUGUGUGUGUGUGAGAGAGUGAGUGUGUCUUUUGUGAUGAAUUUGGAGAAGGUGCUAUUUUAGUCACAUUAGACCUUUCACUUCAUAUGCCACUGUUGUAAACUUGCUUGAAAACAGACUGAAUGUGUGUGUGUGUGAGAGAGAGAGAGAGAGAGAUGUAUAAAUGUGAUGGCAAUUCAAUCUUAUUUAUUUAUUAAAAACACUUAUUCAAAAAAACGUAAAAGAUAUACUAGUGAGAGAUUGUGUGUGUGUGUGUGUGUGUGUGUGAGUGUGUGAGAGAGAAUGUGUGUGUGUGGGAAGGGGUGGGGGUUAAAAAUUUAAAAGUUGUUUAUAUGUCUAGAAGCAAUGUGUGCAAUAAGUCAACAUUGAUUAGCAAAGCUGUACAUACUGUCUCAUUCUUUUUUAAAUGGAGAAUGCACCAUUUUUAAUCUGAUGGAAACAUUUGCUUGUCUUGUAAAGUCUGUCAUUUUUACUGUCACCCUCUAGUGACACACUGAAUCCUUGCUGGUCAGGUUUUUUGCUGCUUGUUAAAGUACUACUGUGUACGUGUAUUUACACAUUGAAAACCAAAUCACACAGGAUGGACGAUUCUCGCUUCAAAAUGUUUUUGGGGAAAAAAAACAACAGAAAAAGAUUUUUCUAUUGAGUCAUAAUUAAACCGAUGAAGGUUUUGUCAUCUUUACAAGAUGAAAAUUCUAUUAAAAUUGUAGAGAUCUUGAAAAAGACACAUGUCCUGUGUGUUCUGGUUCACUCCCCAUCUGAUGUAACAGCAUGAUUUUGAACCUAACCUCAUGAGUCCAUCCAAACAGUU